GGAGCGCCUUCGAACGGGCACUCGGCGGGCAUGAGGACCCUGCCGAUCCUCCUGCUCUCGCUCUGCUGGAGCCUGGUGCGGGUGAAUGGUGUCCAUCCAGAAUGCAGGUUUCAGCUGGAGAUUCACAAGGAGGAAACCAGGUGCAUGGAACUUCUAAAGAAUGCAAAGCCAGUGGACUACAAGGGAUGUGUUGGAGUUUGGGAUAAUAUCACCUGUUGGCAACCUGCGAAGAUUGGAGAGACUGUCACUGUCCCAUGUCCAAAAGUAUUUAGCCUUUUUUCUGGCAAACCAGGAAACAUUAGCAAAAAUUGUACAAGUAAUGGAUGGUCGGAUAUAUUUCCUGACAUUUUAAGUACUUGUGGAUAUAAUGACUACGAAGAUGAUUACAAGGUCAACUUCUAUGUGAGGGUGAAAGCAAUUUAUACCCUUGGACACAGCGUAUCUCUGAUUGCUCUUACAACAGGAAGUAUAAUUCUUUGCCUUUUCAGAAAACUUCAUUGUACUCGGAAUUACAUCCAUCUGAACCUGUUCCUCUCUUUCAUUCUAAGAGCAAUCUCUGUUUUAGUCAAGGAUGAUAUUCUCUAUUCCAGCUCCAACACAGCUCACUGUCCAGAGGAUCAAACCUCAUGGGUGGGCUGCAAGGCAAUUCUGGUGUUUUUUCAGUAUGGUGUUAUGGCAAACUUUUACUGGCUUUUAGUAGAAGGACUUUACCUCCACAUCCUCCUUGUGCUAAUAUUCUCCCCCAACAGACACUUCACGAUCUACCUGCUGAUAGGAUGGGGAAUUCCUACGAUAUUCAUUAUCACGUGGACAGUGACACGGAUCAUUCUAGAGGACACUGGCUGCUGGGAUACAAAUGAGCAUGGUGGUCCCUGGUGGGUUAUACGAAUACCAAUUUUAAUUUCUAUUAUAGUGAAUUUUAUACUUUUCAUUAGCAUUAUAAGAAUCUUACUGCAGAAGUUAAGAUCUCCAGAUGUUGGAGGAAAUGACCAAUCACAGUACAAGAGACUUGCAAAAUCCACGUUGCUGCUUAUUCCUUUAUUUGGAGUUCACUACACAGUGUUUGCUUUGUUUCCUGACCGAAGUUCCAACAAUUACAAAAUAAUCUUUGAGUUGUGUUUGGGAUCUUUUCAGGGGUUGAUUGUUGCAGUCCUGUAUUGUUUUUUGAACAGUGAAGUGCAGGGGGAGCUGAAAAGAAAGUGGCGGAGUUUGUGCUGGAAGCAGACAGCAGGCAGAGACUACAGACUCCACUCGUCCAUUUCCCGAAAUGGAUCAGAAAGUGUUUCCCAGCUCCACAGGAAUUCAAGAGCUCACUCAUUUAUGCAGACAGAGACCACCAUGAUAUAAAUGAGCUACGUCCCCCAAAUCAUGAAAAACUGUGGGAUAAUUCAUUAUGCAGCUUGAUGUGAUAUUUUAUAACAUGUACAGUUCAGUGCUUUGCUUUUCUACAUGUUGGUAUUUGGGGAAUUGGUUUGUGCAGCCAACCUAUUAAUAACAGAGAAGCCUGCCCCAUGGAUGAUUUCUGUUUUGUUCAAAUGGUAUUCAUAUUAAUUCUGAUGUUCUCUUGCAGUUUACUAGCCGUAACAAUUCAAAAAUUCAUUUUCCACAAAGGUCCCUUUACCUUCCAAAAUGGCUACAAGAUCCGUGCAGGGUAUCCUGCUCAAUGUGGAUUUCUUUGGCACAUGUAAGGGUUAAGAUGGGAAGCAAGAAAAUCUCUUACACUUUAUUUAUACUUAAGGAAACAUGGCCUUAAGGAUUAGGAAAUUCUUUUCUAAUUAUGGAAAAUAAAAAAUAAAACAAAACGAAGACCAUAAUUAACCACACUGGGAGUUCAGUGUGCUAAUCCAGGAAAUCAUUAACAUGAUUUACACAGAGGGAAAAGGUAGUACUUCUAGGCUAAUGGUAUAAAUUUCAGAUGUUACUUUCUACAGACUUUGAUUCCAAUCCUGUUAUUAUUUUCAAAAGUGCCUGGUUUAAUGCUUGGGUGCAGUGUGUAGGGCUACCUUUACAGGACAUACAGAAAAAACUACUAUAUUACUUUUGAAUGUAGUAGUUCUCAGUUGUUCUCUUCUGUUUAAAGUCAGAAGUCAUUUGUGUUGUUUCAUAAAGGAAUUUUCUGUAGAGGUAUGUUCUAUUUCUAAAGCAGCCUGGCAUAGGAUAAACAGCCUUGGAUAGCUCAUUACACAUUGAAAAUACCAUUUUUUAGAAGUUAUCAUUGAAAUCUCUCUGUGAUCUACAUAUUUGACUGCAAAACACAAGGAAUAUUGCAGUGAAGCUACAACUCAUAAUUAACAAAAUAUGUAAUGCUUUUAGGUCUAUUCAGUUCUAUAUCUAUCUGAAAUUAUUUAACUUCUAGUCUUGACCAUGACUCCAGAAAAAAAAAUUAGACAUAAUCCCUAAAAAUUACCAUAAAAGGCAUAAAGAAGGAAUUUUUAACAAUGACAAGGCACUUAUGUAGCCAUGUUAAAAAAAAAAAAAAAGGCAGGGAACUGACAGUCUUAUAAAAAUAUACAUAACAUUUCCACUCUUUAAAAGAAAUAAACCCAGUGAUGUUCUCUUCCCAUGUCAACGUUUAACCAUGUCCACCCUACAUUACAAGUGGGAAUAAUAUGUAUUUGCAUGAGUACCUCCAUACAAACAAUUGUCCUCAUAUUUCAGAUAACAGAUUUUAUGGAGCCAGCAGAACCCAAGGUCCCUACUCUUGUCAGAUAAAGGGAAGAACAGCAGCAAGGGCAUCUCUUGGCAGGCAUAUUUGUACAUCCUUGAAAGUAUUACCCGUACUGGGAAUAUUGUCAGCAGCUGUCUAAGUGUAUUACAAUCCUUGGUCUGAUUUAAUCCAGCUAUUUACCAGUCAAACACAAUUUGUUUUAAUGGGAUUGCCAUGGAGUUACACAAAGUUUUGUCAGACCAGAGAUAGAAAGGGCCCCAUGGUUCACAUGACUACUGCAGAACCUGGUGACUAUUACGUGACACCAGUAGGUGUCAUUUGAGUUAAACAACAAUCACUCAAAGAAUUGUUACUUACAAAAAUUGAAUUUAAAGGAGCUAUUGAUCACUUUCUGAUCAUUCAUAAUGUUUUCUGUUUGGCAAAGUAACUAUGAGAUUCUGGGUGGAAGUAGGCUGCCCAAGAACAUUCCCAUGGGGUCUAAAGAUGUGCCCCUCCACAUGUAUUUAAACUCAAUAUAUUCCCAAAGACUUCAGACUGAGGAAACACUGCUAAAAUUUAAUAUGUUUCCUGGAUCUCUUGAGAAACUUAUCACGAGCUCUUAACUGCAAAUAUAUGAAGACCCACUAAAGUUUUGGGAGCAGCUUUUACACCUAAAUUAAAUGCAUCUGUGCACAUUAGGAUUCUUUGUCUGCAGUGGCAUUGGGACUGCUCAGUUCCCUGAGAUGUGACGUGCAGGAUGUUCUUUUUUCCCCUUAAUUUCUGGGGUAGAAAGGCACAUGUGACAAGCAUUCAAGUGUGCUCAUCUUUGUGCUCAAAUGAGGUUAUGUGAGCGAGUUGACACACAGACAGAAUGAUAGCACAGAAAUAGAUGUUUCAGGCAGUCAUUUCCAUCAGUCUGCUCUGCAUGAUGCAUCACCAAUUACAUGUGUUUAUAACACAUUGUAUCUUAGAGAAAACUGUCUUUGUUCUAAUUAGGUGAGCAUGAAAAAAAAUCUGCAUUUUAAUUAUUUCUGGGUUAUAUAAAAAAAAAAAGCUUUAAUAAGAAAACACAUUUUAUAUUGCUACAAACUAUAAUUGUUUCCUUUAACAGGGUGCAGAUGCAUUUGGGCUUGAUUCUACUUUUCAUGUAGGGUGAAAUGCCACAUGAGAAUUUUGCAGUGGGAGGACAUAGCGGUACCACUAAGUUUGUAAAGGACAAUGUGGACAUGCAAAGAAUGGCACACAGGAGAGAGAAGUGCUGUAUAUAUUUUUCUUUCAAACCAGUGAAAAGUACAGUACUUUGGAGAACCUCAUCCCUCUAUUAACAAUAUAAAUGCAGAUAAUCUAAAUACUGUUUUGUGAGACAGUUUAACUUCAUAAUACUUUGUUCAAGCAUUACCAUGGCAGUAAAGACACAGAGGGCACUGUGCUCACUUGUUUUUACUCACAGAAAAUUUCUGAUUUCCAAAUAAUUUUAUGCAAAGUUAUAGAAUCAACCCUAUCAUCACCAGUUUGACUUUCAGCUGCCUUUUCAUGGACAGAUAUAAAAAUGUCAGUAAAAGGUGCAUAACAGUGUGACAAAUCUAGAACUUGAUCAGUAUUUUUCAUCUUUACAACACCCAUAACAAGACAGCUUCUCAUGGCUUUGUCUUUUGUUGCAUUUUGCUGAGGAGUAUGGGAUUAAAUGCUCUUGCUCUGUGCUGUGGUGACUCUAAAGAUACCAAAGAACAAUGCAAUGAAACAUCCUUUGGCCUUCUGUCAUCCCUAAUCCUAGUUCUCUCUCAGUCCUAGCAGCAUCAGGGGAGGAAGUAGAGGCUGCAAGACAAGUGUAGCCUUUCCCUGCACCUCUCUUUCUUUAUUCCUUUACUGCCUUUUUCCCUUUGGUUGCAUCAGGGUCCAAACUGAGUUGUAAAGUCUUCAAGGAAGGAAACCGAGGUUUUUUUGUCCAUCCCCACUGAAAAGCCAGAAGCACAGUUUGUACUUACUGGACAAGAAUGAUAAUACAGUUCACCCCCAUUACCAUGGUUAAUUGUUGUGCAUUACCUCCCCUGGAGGCACCAUUAAUUCUGAAUUAUUUCUGUCAGCAUUACCUGCUGCUGAUACCUGAGGAACACAGUGACAGCUUGCUCUCCACUUACUAACCCCAAUUAAAAAAUAUAUAUGGACACUGACUUAAAUUUUCCUCCUCAGAGCCAAUUUCAGCUGGGUGCUUGAUAAACUCAGUUGAAACUCAUCUGCCCUGGUUUUGGUGUCUAAAAGCUGCAUGUUUGUCUCUGAGCUAAAGGCACUUUUAAGGUGCCUUCCACAGUCAUCAUAGAGAAAUUGGCACUAGUUGAAGAUGACUCCUUCCAUGUUCAGCUGGGCAUCUGAGGCAGGUAAGCUGGACCUAGUUUUCUCUGUAUUUACUAUAAAAUGAGCCUGGGGUAGCUGGCUGGUACUUAUAUUUCUCACUCCAGAGAUAGAAUCAGGUAAGAUGUAUCCCUCCAGAAGAGAACAUUAAACUGUCUGGGUAAUACUAGACAGAUACUCCUUUUUAAGCCAAUUACCUUGGGUUGGCCAAAGUUAUCCUCCAAGAAAUGUGCGGUGUAAUUCAAAAGGUCAGGCAGUGGAGGAUCCCACAGUUCAUUGGGUCAGGUGUCCCUGCCUUCCAUGAUAAAGCCCACAGGCUUAUGUCCCAUUUAGAUUUGCCUGGCCUCAGCUUCCAACCAAUUUUAGAAGUUUUGGGUAAGAUGUUUGGUUUUUGCCUUUUGUUGGAGGGGACAUGUGCUAAAAGAAAGUGCUUUUAGUACCCAAAAUUUUCUUUAUGUUGUACUGCAGGUAGCCAGCUGAAGAAUACCCAAUCUAAGCUGUGAUGGGAUGUUCUGUAGCAGCAAUAGAUAAUUGGUGGCAAAUAGCAUUACAAAAAAACCUUCUACAGUCAAGUUGGAGCCAUCCUACCCCACUCUGUAGCAUCUGCUUCAUGUCCUGAUUCACCCUAGGCUUCUCUUUGCUUUUAACAUGCCAAAGGGGCAAGGAACAAGCACAGACCCUCAGCAAACCAGAGACUCCGUCUGGGACAGACUGAUGAAAUAAGGCAUUGCCAGGUGCAGGUAUCACACAGUCCAUGUGCAAAGACUAAGAUGAAUCAUCUGCAUCAUUUGUCCUCUAUUUUUCUAAAAAUCCUCUUCUGUUAACUGUGAAUUUGCCCAGUUCAGCAAAGCAAUUUGGGAUAAAGUCCAAAUUCAGUCUAUACAGAUUUUUUUCAGACAUCCUUACGGAAAAAUCAAGCCCUAAGUAUGUCUGACAAAAAGAAAGAACUGGCAAGUAACCUGCAGACAAAGCUGUCAUGUGUAUAAGGGUCAUCAUCUGAGCAAUUACUGUCUGUGCACAGUGAUACAGGAAAUAUCUUUACCAACAGAAAUACCUUCAUGUUACCAUGAGUGCCUAUAUCAGCUGCAGGCUGUCAGUACCACCCUGACAUGACCAAAUACAGAAGUUAGGAUGCAGUGCUAUUCUGUUGCUAAAAAAAAAAAUAAAAUUAAAAAGUGUUCUAACAUGUAUAUUACAAGAGUACAUCAGGAUAACAUUUAAAAGGAGCAUUCUGUGAAACAGUUUCGCCACUCUGUUGAAUCUGGUUCUGCCCAACGAUAGCAGGUGUAGUUAAAUCUUAAGUCAGGAACAUUUCCAUUCUCAGAUAAAAAAAAAGUGACUGAAAUGUCCCAAACCCCUCUAUUUCCCAAAGCACUGUAAUGAGUUUAUGAUUACCUGCAGCUUUUUUUGUCCUGAUGCAUUAGUAUGAGUAUUACUUCAAUUUUCUCUUUUGUCAUCUUUGUUAUAACUUUAUAUCUGUCAAGUAUGGUAAAAAUUAAAGAUUAUGUAAAUGAAUGUGAUUAUUUUUUACAAAAUGUACAGAUUAUGAUGUUGUAUAGAUUAAUGUGUGUAAAUAGAUUUCAUACUGUAAUUCACUAUAGUUUUCUUCUAGUUUUGCUCUUUUGUUCUUUUCUGGUUUCAGUUUUUAAUGUCACAAAUCUAACAGCCUUCUCUGAGAUAUUAUAUAUAAAGCUGUGAACAAAUAAGUGUUUACAUCUUUAUGCUAUUACAGAUAAUAAUAGUCAAUAACACUAUAAUGGACUGAAGAGGAAUCAGAGAAUAAAAAUUUUAAAAGUUUUGCACAAAAA